UACACCUUUAGUUCCGGGCGAUCGGCACCGCACCGCGCCGCCGCCUCCGGAUUCCCAGACCCCACGGUUCCUCCGCCUGCGUGCGCACCGCUGGCUUGCCUCCUCGUCGCGUCAACUCGCUCGGCUCCACCACCACCUCUAGCCGCCCCCGCUCCCCUCGCUUGCUCUCCCGGAGACCUGAACCCUCGCGCGCGGCGACCAUGGACGAAGAGUACGACGUGAUCGUGCUGGGCACUGGGCUCAAGGAGUGCAUCCUCAGCGGCCUCCUCUCCGUCGACGGCCUCAAGGUUCUACACAUGGAUAGAAAUGACUAUUACGGAGGAGAUUCCACCUCCUUAAACCUGAAUCAGCUCUGGAAGAAGUUUAGGGGGGAAGACAAGCCACCGGCGCAUCUAGGCACGAGCAGAGAUUACAACGUAGACAUGGUUCCAAAGUUUAUGAUGGCAAACGGGACUUUAGUUCGUACCCUCAUUCACACUGAUGUGACAAAGUAUUUGUCAUUUAAAGCUGUUGAUGGAAGCUAUGUCUUCAGCAAAGGGAAAAUUUACAAGGUUCCUGCCACCGACAUGGAGGCUUUAAAAUCUCCAUUGAUGGGUUUAUUUGAGAAACGUAGGGCAAGGAACUUUUUCAUUUAUGUCCAAGAUUACAAUGAAGCUGAUCCAAAAACACAUCAGGGGUUGGACCUCACAAUGAUCACAACUAGAGAAUUGAUUUCGAAACACGGAUUGAGUGAUGAUACUGUGGAUUUUAUUGGCCAUGCACUCGCUCUUCACAGGGAUGAUCGCUACCUAAACGAACCAGCCCUUGAUACUGUAAAAAGGAUGAAGCUUUAUGCUGAGUCUCUUGCACGCUUCCAAGGAGGAUCGCCAUAUAUUUACCCAUUAUAUGGAUUGGGUGAGCUGCCACAGGCUUUUGCACGUCUAAGUGCUGUUUAUGGUGGUACUUAUAUGUUAAAUAAGCCAGAGUGCAAGGUUGAAUUCGAUAUGGAAGGAAAAGUGUGUGGUGUUACAUCAGAAGGUGAAACUGCUAAAUGCAAAAAGGUUGUCUGUGAUCCUUCUUACUUGCCCAACAAGGUAAGGAAGAUUGGAAAAGUUGCGCGUGCAAUCGCAAUUAUGAGCCAUCCAAUUCCAAACGCAAAUGAGUCCCACUCGGUUCAGAUUAUUCUGCCACAAAAGCAACUUGGGCGCAAGUCAGACAUGUAUGUCUUCUGUUGUUCAUACACACACAAUGUUGCGCCAAAAGGGAAGUUCAUUGCAUUUGUGUCUGCGGAAGCUGAGACUGAUAAUCCACAGUCCGAACUAAAGCCUGGGAUUGAUCUACUUGGUCAAGUAGAUGAGCUGUUUUUUGAUUUGUAUGACAGAUAUGAACCUGUCAAUGAACCUUCUCUUGAUAAUUGCUUUGUCUCAACUAGUUAUGAUGCUACUACGCACUUUGAGACAACUGUGACAGAUGUUCUUAAUCUGUACACAGCGAUUACUGGAAAGGCUGUUGAUCUCAGUGUUGACUUGAGCGCUGCCAGCGCUGCCGAAGAAUACUAGAUAUUUUCAUAUCAGACACUGCAUUUCCUCAAGGCGCCGUACUUCUGAGAGGAACAGCACAGGACAGAUCCUGACGGAUGACUCGCAGAGUUACUUCGGCACCUCCGUAUUGCGGUGUUCUGAUAUCUGCCUGCUGGCAGCGUUGCGCAAAGUUGUUUUGAGUCAAAUGACGAAAUGAUGGUGAUUCCGUUUGUUACUUCCGUGAUGAUCGAAUGGCCUAAACUUUAAACUGCGGUCACGUUUGGUUAGAA